GGUAUGAUGUCAGGAAUGUUAAAACGUGUUGUUAAUUUCGUCGCAACGCCCAUGUUUUCAUGGUUAAAUUAAAUUAUAAACAAAACAAACACACAAGGACGUAAAUCCUUCAAGGGGUCACGAAUAUUCGCAUUCGUAUAUACGAAUAUUCGUAUCAUAUUAACACAAUAACAAAACUUAUAAACUAUAUUACGGUAGAUAUUACAGUGGAAACAUUUUUUGUAGUUCUAUUGUAUCAUCCUGUCGCCAUGCAUGAUUUAUGUAUGUUUUCUAGCACUAACUAUCACGGAGCAAAGACACGGCGAAACUAUAAUUUACGUAUAGUUGACUACGGAAGCUAAAAAAGGCAAAAAGUUAAUUCUCAUAAAGAUGUCAUACUUAAUUGUGCUCACAAAUCUGAAACCGUUUAACUUUUCUUAACUACUCACACAGCACGCUAAUUGGGUACCUGCAAUAUUUUCUAAUUAUGGAUCUUUAAACUUUUCAUAGACAGUGUUCGGUGGAGUAUCCGAUAAAUCUGCAAAGAAAUACAAAUUACCACUAACUAAUAGCCUACAUACAACUAUUAAACAAUAUGAACAAUACACUAUGUACAGAACAAACUACAGCAGUUAAGUAUUAAAUCUAGGAACUUAUUGUACAAUAAUAUGAUACAUACUACAAUUUAUGAUUAUUUUUAGCUAGGAAUUUAUUCAAAAUAACCACAAAAUGGAGUAAAACUAAAGUUAGAAAAAAGUUAAUAUUUACUGGACGGCUAAUCUCACGAGGAAGAAAAUCAUACAUAGGAUAACGUAUUUUAGGACAUCCCAAUAAAAUAUGAUUUGUAGUAUACGCUGGCGUCGUUAGGAGACCCCUUUACUAGGUGGCUACUUCUGCUCCGAACACCUAAAUUCAAAUUUUUGACGUCUAGGCAUGAGUGAAUGAAUGGAGUGAAUGUGAUGUGGUUGCUUGUCUUUUUUCUAUGGAUGUGACGUCCUUAGUGGUCAAGGAAUUAACCAGUCCGUUUAAAUCAGGUUAAAAUUGACAACAAUAAAAUACAUACUUCAUGGAGAAACUUUACAAUCCAAUUACCAACAACUUUCUUCAAAAAAGAUAGUACUUACCAUUACGUAUGCCGUGGUUAUUUAUCUCCCGUCCCGGCGCAUGCGCCCUGUCGUAAGGAAUCUUCAGAAUUUGUUUGCGGAUAUUAAAAAUUUACGACUAAAUAAAAUGCAUCUUGUCCAUGAUAUCGUCCUUUUAAAAUAAUGGACCAUGGCAUUUUCGUGGUGUUUAAGCUUUCCUAAAUCUGGGCGUUCCGUUCCGUUCCUUACACAACAAUGGGGACUACCUGAACUUUUUUGUCUAGACCUUUUUACUUACAGCGAUCAGUUGCGUUUGAACUCUCCCAAGAGGCACACGCGUAAUAUGCAAAUUUGAAAGUGUUUAAUAAAGGAAACAUGGAUAUUUAGAAUUUAGUGGUGAAUAAUUAAAUUUUGUGGAUUCCUGGUGGUAAAAAAUAUAUAGUACAAGAAAAUUGGGAAACACUUCAAGUGAUCUGUAAAAAUAAAAUGUAAGUUAUAGCCGGUCAAACUGUGCGGUCAAACAAAUUUGUCAGUAGAAAAAGGCGCGAGUUUGAAAUUUUCCAUGGGACGAUAAACCUUCGCGCCUGUUUUUUUUAAAUUUACCGCUUUUUUCUACUGACGGAAAUGUCUUAACAGACUAUAUCAGUGAUAUUGUUUAAAAAAGUGAUUUUUUUAGAUUUUUUAUUAUAUCAAAAAUAAAUGUUGAGUAUAAGUGAUUGCGUGAAACGGAAUGCAAUUUUCUCGCUUCCAUUAUCUUGACGUUUUUCUUUUGACGUUUGUACACUCCAUCGGUAAAUAUUGAGUUAGGUUUUUUGCUUUUAUUAUCUCAAAACUGUAAAACUAAGAAAAUGUUUUGUUCUCGGAAGAGGACCUAGCUAUGGAUGGCAGUGUACAGUGAUGGAGCUCAAUGCGUAUCGAGCAAAUGAGGUUUUGGAACCGGUAGCCGUGCAGUACUGCCCUGAUAGUCCGCGGUCCGCGAGCCCCGCGCCCGUCCUGUCCACAAAUGUCUGCUGUGACUUGGAAGACAUCUUGAGCGACGCCAUAACAGAGUCGCUACAAACCUCGCUGCGUCUCAACCACAGUCAGCUGAUCAACCAGGAGUUGACCAUACGGCCGGAGGCGAACAUAGAGCAGAACGUACCGGACGGACUCGACUUGUACAAGGUUAUAUUUGAGGUGGAGAGCGACACCGAACCAGAAAUGGCUGAAGACGGGGUCGCCGUGCAGAAUCACCCUCUACAAGAGCCGGAGUCCUGCCGGCUGGUCGGCGGCUCGAAGUUCUACCAAGUAAUGGAUGGCGCGGCCUCCGGAGACGGCUGCACGCCCUCCCCGACAGAGAAACACGACCAUAUGAAGCCUACUGACAGCGAGGACGAAGUUUCAGACGUGGACCAAGAAUGCACCGUGUUCAGCGGUGUCAGCUACCUAGGAGCCCAGAACAUCACCGAUCCCAAAUCAGAAACGGACAUACAGAGGAUCAUGAAGGAACUCAGUUCCAUGCCUGAGAGCAGAGACGGCAUUGCGGUGUCUAUUUCUAUACCUGUCUGCUCGCAAGGGCUUGUUGUGCUAUACCAAGCGGACACGAACAGCGUCAUGACGCGCUACUCCGUCAACCGCAUCCUAUUCUAUGCGCGCGGCACGGCCGGCUCGCCCGUCGCCUCCUGCUUCGCGUUCACGUGGUCCCACGGCGAGACGAGGGAGUCGGCUGUAUAUCGCUGUCACGUGUUCCGCUGCCACAUAGCCGAGGCGGUCAGCCAGGUGUCAACCUGUUUCGCAAAGGCGUUCGAGCGCACGCUGCCCCGCUCAAUGGCUUCGUCUGUCGUGGGGGAGCUGAGCGCCGCGCCGUCCAUGACUGGGUCCCUAACUGACAAUCUCCCUCCAUGCGCGCCCCCCAUGCAGCUCAUGCAUGUGCUCGAAGUUACUGUGGAGAUCAAGGAAACCGAUGCUAAGGGCACAUACAGCCACGUACCUAAAGAGCGUCUGGGCUUCAAACUGCGCGGCGGCAUCGACAAGCAGGUCACCAUCAACGUCCAGCAGGUCACCAGCAGCUCCCAGCCGGUCCAGGUCGAGGGAGACGAGUUUCAGGCACCAUAUGGAGGUCUAUACAUCGAGCGCUGUUUUGGCAUCCUACUGGCUCCAGCGCGAGGUGUUAAACACCCGGACAUGAGACUCCUAGAAAUGGUGAGCGGCUCCUCAGGAGUGUCAGGGUGCUCCGGCUGCGCCCUCUGGAACGCCGGGGACUCCGCCCUAGCCGCGUUCAAUGUCGCCAGCGGUGACGGGGCGCCGUCAUACAUGUCCAUAGCUCUCGACCUGGUUAUAAGGGGCAUACCGGAUCCGCUGCGGCUGGUGAUUGAAACUCCGGUGAAAAUCUACCCGCCGACUGAGCGCUUUUGGUACUACUCCAAAAGACCGCUGGUGCAGCAGUUCAUCAUCAAUUUGAAAGAGACGGUAGACGGCCAAGGCAUGCUCCAGUACGAAGUGGCCAAUGUGGAGACAUCUGGCGAGUUCGACCGUUCGCGUCUCAAUUUGCCCCUGCUGUCCAGUUUGCUACCCUCGCCGCUCUCUAACGCCCCCGCGCCGCCGUCGCCCCUUGAUGACUCAGAUGGCGACGAGCCGAUGCUCAGCGGCACCGGCGACGUGUCCAAAGAUUGCGGCGAGGAAGUGCUCGAGAACUGGGCCAAUGUUCUCAGGAGUUGGACUGGGCCUCGUCCAAAAACUUUAGACAACCUCGUCCGCACCAAAGGCGUCCCAGAGGCACUCCGCGGCGAGGUGUGGCUCCGGCUUGCCGAGGUCGAGCAAUACGACAAGCUCAUGGAGACCUACAGGACGCUGAUCAGUCAGGAAUGCGAAGAGGAAGCGGUGAUCCAACGUGACAUAGCCCGCACCUUCCCCGCCCACGACUUCUUCCGCGAGGCCGGCGGCCUCGGGCAGGACUCGCUACUUCGCCUGGGCCGCGCUUACGCCAUCUAUGACUCUGAAGUUAGAUACUGUCAAGGACUGAGCUUCCUUGCGGCCACGCUGUUGUUACACAUGCCCGAAGAGCAAGCGUUUUGCCUCCUAGUCCGUCUUAUGUAUGGCUACGGGCUGCGCGAACUGUACAAGGACGGAUUCGAAGAGCUGUACAUGAGGCUGCAUCAACUGGACCGGCUUAUGGAGGUGCAAUUGCCAGACCUCCGCGCCCAUUUCCAGCAGCUCGGCGUAGAGCCGCACAUGUUCGCCUCCCAGUGGUUUCUGACUGUGUUCACGGCUAGAUUCCCGCUGCCUCUGGUGUACCACAUCUUGGACGUGUUCCUACUGCAAGGCAUAAACACACUGUUCCAAGUGGCCCUCGCAUUGCUGACUCGGUCUCGCCGAGACUUGUUACAACAUGACUUUGAAGGCGUCCUCAAGUACUUCAGAGUAACGUUACCGAAAAAGUGCCGUUCUGAAGAAGCUACAUCGCACGUCAUAAAGCUGGCCUGCAGCAUCAAGGUGCCGCAGCGGCGGCUGCAAAAGUACCAGCAGGAAUAUGAGAAGUUUGUCAAAGAAGCGGCAGAAAAGGAGAAAUUCAACGACGAGCUGGAGCGGCUGAAGAUCACCAACAACCAGCUGCAGAAGGAGAAGGAGGCGUUGGAAACGCAGCUGGCUGAGAGUCGCGCCUCGUUCGAGGCCGCUCGGAAGGAGUCGACCCACCACGCGGCCGUCGCGCGCGACUACCGCGACAUAUGCGCGCGGCUCGACAAGCAGCUGCACCAGAUGCAGGAUUACGCCAAGGCCUGUACUACUUGCAGCGUUAAAAUAGCGCAGAAGGACAACAAGGAGGAAUCCGAACAAGGAAGCGACACGGAAAGCAGUAGCGACACCGAAGCCAAAUUGAAGCAGCGCCUGCGAGACUUAGAGCUCGAGCUGGCGCAAGUCAAGCUGGCGUUAGUCGAGGCGCAGUGUAGCAACCAGGAGCUAAGCCACCAGCUGAACACGGCCCUCAACGAGGUGCAAUCCGCCAUGAACCAGAAACAAACCGUCGCUCCCUGGCUCGUGCGCACGCUCGGUUCCAUUAUGGAGGCGGCGCAGAACCGGCCGUCGUUCCAGACCUACCUGCCCGCGGAGGCUCCGACGCAGCCCCUGCGGCGCCAGGGCUCCUUCACGGGCUCGCAGGGACAAGCAGGCCUCGGGCACGCCAACCUCGACCGGCGCGUGUCCGAGCCGACGGACGCCGUGAUCACCCGAAGGAAGCCCGAAGACCCCAAACGGCACUCCAUGGUCGUGGACACCCCCCGCGAGCCUAGAGACAACAGGCGGAGUCACGACGGACACUCCGUGGGUUGAGGAGCUGACACGCCCUGGUACUUUUGCUCUUAAGUUUGAUUUCACUGGCACCUUCAGGCCGAUGAUACUUUUGUAUCAUUUCGGUGGAAAAACCUUCGUAUUAAGCGGUUACUUGCACGUAAAAGGAUGUGGCUUGUCAGCGACUGGGUGGAAAACUAAUACAUUAUAACCUCGAUUGGUAACUAAUAGCCAGAAGCUAUUAGUUACCUAUCGAGGCACAUAAUGCAUUCGGUUACCGCAGUUACCAAAAGGAAUUUCGGAAAUUCUAAAAGCCAUGCUUGUGGAAACUCCCCGCUAGCUGAAAGACACGUGCGUUGAGCACUCCAUGGGUUAAAGAAUUAUUGCCACGCCCGAUUGUUUAUGCUCAUUUUUUAUUUCGGUGGCAUCUUUAGACCAAGCUGAUGUUUAUUUUAUGGCACUUCGGUGGCAGAACCUUGAGGUUACUUGCAGAUCCAGCGGUGUAACAAGCGAGUUGACCCUUUACAAACUUAUGUCUCCUUCUGAUGAGUAAAUAAACCCUUUUUACGUCGAGGACUAUUAAGAAAAGUCAGAAUGUGACUGUUUUAUUACUUUUUUGUAAUUUAUUUACUAGUUUUAGAGUCUCCAGCAAGCUCCGUUCUCCAUACAAACGAACGCUCUCAUUUUAAAACGACUAGCUAAGCUGCUCUGAAACUUUGUACUUACAAUAGGAUAAGGUAUAUCUAUGCCUGUAAUUAGUUUAUGUAGUUUCAGAUAGAAGUUUUUCAUAAAAAAUAAAUAGUUUGUUUUAUAUGCUGGAGCUAUUUAAAAUAAUUUCGAACAUAGAUAUACCUCAUGUCAUUGUAUGUGCAGUUCCAUUACAAUCCAACACUUAGUUUUAAAAAAAAACGAUAAUCCGUUUGCAUAGGAAGGUGAAAUUCGCCGAGCUUGCUGCGGACUCUUAAGCUGUGGUCUAAUCUUUGGUAAACAACAAUAUCAAGCGCGUUAGAAAAAAAAAUACCAAAACAAUUUUAGUUAAGUUUAUUUUGUUAAUCAACUUACGAGCAAAAUUAGGCGGUGUGGUUUUUAUAAUUUUUUGUGAUAAUGAGUUAUCCAUGAUUAUGCUAUCUUAAUACCGGAACAUCUCAUUAAAUAUAUAAACAAACGGGUUGUCAUUCAAAAUACAUUCACUUGAAAUAUAAUACUAAAUCUCUUCAAUACAUAUAAGACUCAUUUUCAAUGGUACGUGUGAGUUGUAUACCGAGGCUUAGUACUUAUUUUCAAUGUCAUGUAUUUUACUAGCAAUCUGUAAAGCGUUUAGCGGGCGCACACCGUCAGUAAAUAAUGUUGUCAUUAAUACUGAUGGUGCCCCCUCCACGUUAAUCUUAUAAGUAGCUGUAAGUGUGUAGGAGAUGUAUUGGAUAUAUAAAUGUGCACAUAACCCUAGUCCUUGUAUUACAAUAAUAUGUUGUUAAUAUAUGUUAAUCGAUAUUAUUAAUUAAUAAUUCACUUAUUAUAUUCUAAUGUAGGUUAAGGGCUCACGUACGCGAUAGUUUACGUUACAUCAAUAUUAUAACGUUACUAUCAAUUAUCUAUUAUUAUAUUAUUCUUUCAUAUUAUGUAUCUAUUUUUGUGUAAUUAUCACAAUAAUAAACUACAGUGGCAAUGCGUUAAUAAUGUUUGAAUAUCUUAUGAUGGGACUGCUGACAGUACGCAUUUUUUUUUAACUUUUAAAAAUGAUUUUAAAUGUAUUUUUUUCUAUAACUACUGUGUUCGUAAUUAAACUGUAUCUUUGUUCCUGCAACCUAUAUAAGUUUGUCUAUCCUUUCAACCGCACAUUUGCGGUGCUGUAACAUACAAAAAAACUAAAUCAUCAAUAAACACUACGAAGUCAUUUUUAUCACUUGUAAUGACAGCACUGGAUGUGACCAGUAAAAGUAUUGAAAUAGUUCAUAAAAAAGUUACCCCAAGGAAGUUAACUUACAUAUAAAAAGGAAUUCCUUGGCUCGUAAAUAGGUAAAGAUUAGCAUUAGUCUGAGAGAUACCCCACUAUGAUAAUGCGUAUAAAAGAUAAGCUCGAUAUUUACCGAAUUCACUUAAAUAUGUAUCUUGCAUCUAUUAAGACACCCGUACACUGACGUCCGACAGUAUAUUAUUUCAUUUAUUUACAAUUUAAUGUCUUUUACCAUGAAAUUAUGGUAUAACGUACUGUUGGUUCGGAGCUAAAAAAUAAGACAGGUUAGGUUAGCUCUCUCACAAUCAUUCAUUAAAAAAACUAAUCGAUUCAUAUUAAUGUAAUCUUAUAUUUGAAUAAUUGCUGUCUAUUUUAAAAUAUAAAUAGCUUAGGCACCAUUAGACUGCUAAUAUAUCAUGAUCAGAUUAUCAUCACGCGAUACUGUUAUUAAAGCGGAAAAAAACUUACCCCCUUAUUCAUAAGACUUUACGGGCCUGAUUUAGUUAAAUUAUGUUUUAUCCCUGUCUGACAAAUACAGAAGUCAAAAUGACAGAUAAAGACAAACGAUUCAUACCUAAUUCAGGCCAGUAAAGCGUUUAUGAAUAACGCCGUAAGUUUCUCGUCCACAAUAGUAUUGACACACGAGUAUCAAUAAUAUUGAUAGUCUAAUCCGGCUCUUUCAUAACUAGUAUGAUACAUGUGGCCAUGGAUUUAGAUUGCCGUAGCACGAGUGCCUUUGGUAUGGUAAGGGGUAUGGUGCUUCGCACUGAAACUAUUGUCAGAAUAAGUGUAAAUGGCAUAAUAACUAAUUGAGAAAUUAGGUGUAUGCCAAAGAUAAAAUGGUUAUACUCUAGAGCGGCCCCUCUGACAUCUCUUAAUUUUUUUUUAUUCCGGCCUUAUCCAUCAUAUGCUGCAGCGGUAUCAUGGUCGCAUUUUUAUCAUCUGUCAUAUCAUGCGUCACUUUCGCACUUAUAUACUUGUUAGAACGUGACAGGCAUGGUGAUAAAUGAUUAAGAGCCGAUCUUAGCCCUACUGAAAUAUAUAAAUUGAUUUAUAUUGUUUGGAUCCAAAUUUUUUUUACAAAGUGAAAUAUAUAGAUCUAAUUUAAGAAAUGUAGUGACCACGCAUAGGAUUUUUAUAAUCUGCACAUACACGAUCCACAAAUACUAUGAUAUUUUCUGAAUUGAGGUUUUUUCUUUGGGUAUCGACUUGAAUUUAAUUUCUGUACCAUUUCGUACCUUUGUACAGUGACAAAAUAGUUAUUUACGAUACAAGUGCAGAAAAUAGGAAAUUCACAACGAGUGGGGAUCAAUUAAAACACGACCGAAGGGGAGUGUCUUAAAUCGACACGAGUUGCGAAUUACCUAUUCGCACGUGUAUCGUACAACGUUUUACGGUACAUAUGGCUCUUUAAAGUUUCGACAUAUGAACGGAAAGUGCUCAUUCCCGCACGCGAAAGUAGUACCAUAUGUACUGUAAAAUUGAUUUAUCAAAGUGAGAGGCACUUUAUUGGGACAACAUACAAUGAUAAAAUACGGUAAUGGCCAUCACAAAUACACAAUAUGAAACUCGUUAGGGACCUAAUAUUAUUGCCACUGUGAGAAAGUACGAAAUGGUACUGGUUUUGAAUCCCUUGGCCGUGCAGAUACUUUACUAAUUAUAUUAUUAUAUUUAUUUUACAAUAAUUAAUUUACUGCCUCCAGAGAUUUAUAUCGGCUUAUUUAGGGAGUGUACCAAGCGUAGAAUAAACACGUAACGUUUAUUUCAUAUUAGUACGUAAUACCUUAGAGUUAAGGUAUAAUAUCGUAAUGGUCUGUAUCCCUUGGUCUCAUUGUUUACAUCACUGCUUAAAUGCUAGAUGGUAAAAUGCAUAGAUAGGGCUCAUUCAUAUAAUUAUAGUAUAAUAGUUCAUACAAACGCGAUUUGCGCAGCAACGAACUGGCACUGGCACUCUUCGUAGUGCCCGUAAGGCUCGUCUUUACGAAGUAUAUAAGUCAAUGGUAAUAUGGUAUAUAUGUCAGUCAAAAUGUGAUAUGAUAAGGAUAGUAACGCCAUAAAAUACGAAUGGCACAGUUUCAUUGGUCGAUAGGGCCCGUAUGCGGGGUGCGAGAGAUUUCCAAAACGCAUGCCAUUAUGAGUUUCACUGGUCGUUAUACCACCUUACCGCCUGCGGGAGUAACCCGCAUGCUGUAUAUCGACCGAACUAUCGACUUAUGAGUUUCGCUAGUCGUUAUACCACCUUACCGCCUGCGGAGAGUCACUCGCAUGCUGUAUAUCGACUAUCGACCGAACUAUCGACUUAUGAGUUUCGCUAGUCGUUAUACCACCUUACCGCCUGCGGAGAGUCAUCGCAUGCUGUAUAUCGACUAUCGACCGAACUAUCGACUUAUGAGUUUCGCUAGUCGUUAUACCACCUUACCGCCUGCGGAGAGUCACCGCAUGCUGUAUAUCGACUAUCGACCGAACUAUCGACUUAUGAGUUUCGCUAGUCGUUAUACCACCUUACCGCCUGCGGAGAGUCAUCGCAUGCUGUAUAUCGACUAUCGACCGAACUAUCGACUUAUGAGUUUCGCUAGUCGUUAUACCACCUUACCGCCUGCGGAGAGUCACCGCAUGCUGUAUAUCGACUAUCGACCGAACUAUCGACUUAUGAGUUUCGCUAGUCGUUAUACCACCUUACCGCCUGCGGAGAGUCAUCGCAUGCUGUAUAUCGACUAUCGACCGAACUAUCGACUUAUGAGUUUCGCUAGUCGUUAUACCACCUUACCGCCUGCGGAGAGUCACCGCAUGCUGUAUAUCGACUAUCGACCGAACUAUCGACUUAUGAGUUUCGCUAGUCGUUAUACCACCUUACCGCCUGCCUGCGGAGAGUCACUCGCAUGCUGUAUAUCGACUAUCGACCGAACUAUCGACUUAUGAGUUUCGCUAGUCGUUAUACCACCUUACCGCCUGCGGAGAGUUACCGCAUGCUGUAUAUCGACCGAGUUAUCGACCAAUGAAACUGAGUCAUAACGUUGCAACCCUUAAAAUCCUUAUUAGUGGAAUAUCUUAGUAUUAUUUAAUCAAGUGGCGGGCAGCAUUAUGUUUCUGAGAUAUAUUCUGUUCUGCAGUUACUUACAGCUCGUUCCACAGAAGCUAGCACGAAUGUAACGAACGAAACUUUCAUUGCAUGAGUGACACAUGUAUAGGUAUACAGUCAGAGCCGCCAUUUUAUUAUUGGUUAAUUUCAAGCAUACCAGGAUUUCACGAAUGUCGAAUGUCCAAGAUGCGAAUGUCCGAAUGCGAAUAUUAGGGAAUAUGUAGUUGUUAUUAUCAUUCCUAAUUAGAAAAAAAAACUGUUAGUAUAUAAAACAUAUGCUACCGUAGAACGGGAUGUUAUACCGUUGAAAAAUGCUGUCUACUGGUCAAAAUGCGUCACUUGAAAACAGUUUGCGCGCGCUGCCCACACGCGCGUCCACGAGACAGGACACACUGCGCACAUUCGCAUUCGCAAAACAUUCGCUUCAUUUGAUGCUAAUGCGAAUGUCGAUGCAAAUGUUUAAAAUUAUGCGAACAUUCGUAUAUUAUCCAUAGAUAUUUUCAUUUUUCGUUCGUUCCAUUCGUAACAGCUCUUGUAAAUAGCUGUAUUCAUCUAUAUUGAUUAUAUCUCGAUGAUAUCACUAGCAUUCGAGUAAAGAUUUCUGCAGUUACGUCUGUAUAUGUAAAAUGUAUUGUUUGUUCUGAUAGUUAAGAUUAAAAUUUGUAUUCAAACGAUCUUCUAGAAAUAAAUCGAGAUUAAAUAAAAUAAAUAGGGACCUAAAGUAACUUUCAUUUAACGAUGUCAUGGUAAUUACUUAUAUUUAAAAAUUAUAUUCGCUAUUAUAAUUAAAUAUUAACGUCAAUUGAUUAUUUGCUGUAUUAUGAAAACCGCAUUUAUGAGUGAAAAUAUAUUUUAUUGUGUUCGAUUUAAUGUGAUAUGUCACAUCGAGCUCGCUGCGUAUGAUUUCGGAGCAGUGAAGAGUCUUCGAUCCUUCACCUGUACUAUACAGGGUGUUUAUAUUUCUCUGUAUAUAUUUCAAGGACGGACGGACACUUAAUGUAGAUACCUACUACCAUAACAAUAAAAUAUCGAGUUAGUAGUAGGUUUAAUACUAGAUUACUUGCAAGCUUUGUACGUCAUACAGAAGUGAAUAAUCAUUUACCAUCGUAUUUACACGGAAACGCACGAACGUGCGCGAACAAUUACGAACGUUUCCGAGAAAAUACGAUGGCAAAGGAUUGUUCAUUAAAUCUGUAAUUCUGUUAGUUGGUGGAAGAUUAUGUUGAGCAUAUCAGCGCUUUUUAACCGAUUUCAAAAAAGGAGCAGGUUAUCCAUUCGAGCGCACUUCUAUUAAUUAUCAGUUAACUUCAUCUGCAUUAAUAAUCUUGCCGAGACGAAACUUAACGAAAGAUGACAAGGUUGUAAAUGGGUGUAUUCUAAAAUAAAUAUUGAAAACCUGAUUCUAACAAAUCUGGACUUACUUGGAAUCAUUCUACUCAGAAUCAUUAGCAUUCUCCAUCCUACCAUUAAAAAAAUGUCCCAAAAUGUCCGUUCCAUUACGUCACGUUUUACUGUGAAAAAUGUUUUCACUUGUAUGAGCGUGACUUAGUGGAAACUACAAUUUGAUUUAACUAAUAUGCUAGUUGUUGUAUUUUGAGUUGAAAGAACUUAAAAACACCAGGAUCUGUGAGAAUCAAGUCUUCAAAUUUUUUUUAAUAAAAAAGUUCAUAUAUGCUCAAUAUUUUCAAAGACUGACUGUACAAUCAGGUAGAAAAGUUACGGGCAAAAUGCCAAAAAUGAUCUGAACUCUAAAGUAGCAUGGUCAUUUGAAGCAGCUUCUGUCGUUGAUUGUACAAGCAGUGUACACCGAUUUAUAACGUGUACUCCAACUUCGAACAAAAUAAAAUAACGAUUCUCGGGUAAAAACAAAUGACGACGCGACAGAUUUAAACAGGUCGAAGCAUGUUUUUGGCGGAGCGCGCCCGGGCGGACCGUCUUCGGCGACCGAAUGCGUCCGAAUUUUGAAUUUCGGAAGAGAAAUAUGAAAUGUUCGAAGUUGAACUACUGGGUCUAAAAAGACACCUUCCUUAUACUGUGGUACAAUCAAGGUAUUAAAUAUCAACAUGGACAAAGUGCCAAAAAUAUGUAUACACGACUAUAUUGCCCAUACAUUAAAGUAAUGUGUACAUAUUUUUGGCACUUUGUCCGUGUCGAUAUUAAAUACCUUGACUGUACAAGGCUUAUUUGUAUCCGCUGCCAUAAAACGUGUCUCACCUCUUCAUAUCGCAUUAGUUUUAGUUGUAUCAGAUUGAUUUAUUGUACAAAUGUAGCUAUCGAGUACAUACAAAUUCCAUCCAAUUUGAUUUCCUCUUUUUAAUGUGAAACUGUUUUGAAAUAGCUGCCAGAUGUUAUGAUUCUAUAGUUUAACUCACGGCUGUCGGUGUUCGUGACAUGUCGUGGUAUUAUUUAGGGCCUGUUUCACAAUGUCCAGAUAAAGUCCUGUUCAAAUAAGCUUAACUGGUAGAUAAAGUGCUAAGUUUUGUAGAAAGUUUUGUCUGGCAGUUAAUUUAUUUGUUAAUUCUUUUCUAUGAAAAUAUGUUUAUAGUGACACUCCGUCACUUUGAUCAAUACGGCGCAAAGUGAGCUUAGACAGAUUCUAUCUAAAACCAAAAGUAAAAACGCACCUUCGAAUUAUGAAUCUAUCCAAUUUUUUAUUAAAAUAAGAUGUCUCAAAAUGUCCGUUCCAUUAAGUCACGAGUCAGUGUGAAAAAAUAUUUCACUUGUAUGAGCGUGACAUAGUGGAAACUACAAUUUCCAUACAAAUUUUUGGGACAUUUUUUUUGACAAGACAAUUUCGUGCGCUGUACACCUCCAUACAUUUUGGGUAACUGAUUGUCAAAACUUAACGAUUGACAAUUCAUGACUGCAAAACAUAUGGCGCAGUACAGCGCCAUCUGUUUUGGAUGUCAAACUAAGGCCUUUUCUUAGACUUAAAUCUCUCUAUUACAAUAAAUCCUUAUAUACGUUUUUCUGCCAUCAUUAACAUAAAUUCGUGAGUUAAACUGUAGUUUUAGAAUAGUGUUAUAGGUAAAAAACUUAAGUAAGUCACCUGUUGUGUGUAGUUGUGACGUGUUCGAAUAGACAAUACAUGUUUAAAAGACACACACAAACAAAACAAAUUUCUAUUCGAACACGUCACAACUACAUACAACAGGUGACUUACUAAGUUUUUUACCUAUAGCGUGUUUAAUUUAACUAGCCACAGUGUAGGUUUGUUACAUUUGAUAUCGUGAAACAGUACAAACAGUAUACAAAUUAUAUGAGCUUACUUAACAUGUGUAAGCUAGCCGAUUAGCUGUAUGGUUAGAAUGCACGGCGCUUAUUAUUUGCAUUAUGACUACAUCGUUAUCGCGGGAGCAAAAAACAAGCCUGGCAAAGAACACAUGUAACAGAAUGUCUGUUUUGUACUCGUACCUACCUGCCUACACAUUCUAAA